CGGACGUAUAUCCGGUUAAUCCGGAAUUCAGCAUGGUGAGCGUCGCCGCCCAGGUCCUCCGCGCCCCACGCAUGCUCGCACGCAUCUGCAUCUACCAAGCCGGCGCGGCGAAGAUGGCUCUCGGCAACCCACUGCGCUGCGGUGCCAUCGCGCUGGGCUGCUACGCGGACGAGCCGCCUCGCCCCGACGAUGCCACGGUCAUGCGCUCGUGGAUCAUGGCCCAUGGCGUCGACGGGCUCGCUUCGCUCUGCGUGCCCCAUCUCUUUGCGCACGCGAUUGGCAACGGCAAUGUCACUCUCCUCCAGUGGCUCAUCGACCACGAGCUGGUGAUGUGGACCAAGGAGCUUCUCGUGCUUGACGCCCAAGGCUGCAAGGCGUGCCCACGCGCCGUUGAGGACCUUGGUCCUGCCAUGAAGAUGCGCAGUCGCAAAAUCGUCGCUCAAGCGGCGGCCAUGGGCCAACUCGAGCUGCUGGACGUCCUUGUUGGAUUGGGUUUGGCCACCAACGACAUUUGGCCGGCGGUGUGCGCUGGCGGCCGUGUGGGCGUUGCAGAGUACGUCAUUGCGCACGACCUUGGUGUGUGGGACGACGUCUGCAUCAACGUCGCAGCAGAGAACGGUCAUUUCGAGCUACUGCAGUAUCUCCUCGAUCGCGGCUACAACGGUGUCAACCGGAAGACGCUCACGCUGGCUGUCGCACGCGACCAUCUACCAACCCUCCAAGAUCUUCUCGCUCACAGUCGCUCACCAAAUGUGCUGUUGAGACAUGCGCUCCAGGACGCCGUCAAGUGUGGUCGACUCGGCAUACUUCGCUGGCUCUGCGCGCAGCCGGAAGCUUGGGCGUUCUUGGCGACGGCAAAGGCGACGGCCGCUUACUGCUGCGCGUCGGACGCGAUCGUUCAGUGCAUCCGUGACGCGAUGGCCCGGUACGCUGACGAGCAGCGCGUCACGUCUGUGCUCGUCUCUCCCAUCCUCUUGACCAUCAUCGUCGCAUACCAAGCCGGAUUCGACUACAGUACCGUCGCCUUGCACGCGCUCUGCAGCGACCUUGCACUUUACCGCAACUACGACCGGCAGGUGCCCGUGGCCAGUGCCUUUGCAGUCUACCACGAGACGUUAGGUCGGUGGCUGGCGCGCCACGACCUCGGGCAACUCCAUCUGCUGUGCCAGCCACACCUCUUUGCCUACGCGAUGGCGCUGGGUGACAAGAAUCUUCUUACCGCGCUCGGACCCGAGCUUCUCGUGCCGUCGCGACGUGUGGAGCUCAACUGCCGCGGUCGCCGAGUGUGUGCCUGUGCCAAGAACACGCUGGGGCUCCAUGUCAAGGUCUCGUAUUGUGGUGUCGUUGAGCACGCAGCCGAGUUUGGCCACCUCGACGUUCUCACCGUGUACCAUGCGGCUGGCUUUGGCAUGGCCGACGUCUGGAGCCGUGUGAGCUACUUUGGGCAUAUGAGCAUUGCGCAGUUUGCCCACGAGCACCAAAUUCCAGGGUGGCAGCCGCACUUUAUCUACAACGCAGCGAACGCCGGCCAUCACGACGUGAUUCGAUUCUUCCACGAGCACAACUACGACGGCUUCAACGACGACACGGUCCGCGGCGCCGUGCACAGUCGCCAAACCGACCUCAUUUCGAUCUUCUUGACGCACCGAGAAGGCGCAAUGGCCAAGGCCUUGAUGGCGGCGGCCGAGACAGACAAUGUCGACAUGCUUCACUGGCUCGUCGACCAGCCUGGCGUUACGGCGGCGCACUUGGAUACGACCGCGGUGCACGCGUACACGACGCGGAGCUAUCGGUGCGCAGCGCUCCUUGCACAGGACCCGAGAACGUCCCCGACUUUGAUUGCGCUCUACGAACGCAGUCUCAAGCGCAAGGCGUCCGAGAUAUCGGACGAGUAGUCCACGUGGGUAUGACGUAUGUAUCCAAAUAGCGUCUUGAGCGUCCUUAGUGUGUGG